AUGCCGUCAGCCUUGGCUGCAGCACGCCCCCAUAAGCGCCAUGGGUCCUCUCGCGCGGCGAGGCUUGAGAAGAAGCUUGAUGAGCUUGUCUCUGUGCUGAGAUCCCAGGGUACAGCGCAGUCAGACGCCCCUGAUGAGAUCCUUGACAACUUCAGUGAAUACAGCGAGGACGAGGUGCUGAGCGGCACUUCUGCGGCCGCCUCGGGCGCGGCUCUUCUGACACCAGCCGCAAGCGAUAGCCUUGGUGGAAGCUCGACUGUUCUUAGUGCAGUCAGUACCUCAGCUGUUAAUGUGUCUACUACAGAUGAGCCUUCUCUUACAGAAGCGGAAGAGUCGCUGAAGCGAUUCCGAGAAGAGACACUGCGUCGAGCUGUGCUGGGUGCCUUCGCUGUCACUUCCAUGAUAUCAUAUGUCUUCAAGCGUGCUGAAGGCCUUCCUUGGUCUCCGUACCUCAACGAGCAUCUCACCCACCUGUACCAGGAGAGUACAGUAAUACAGGACAAGGUCCUGGUUUCUCAGGUAAGGAUGCAGCUAAUCGUCGACCAAAUCCGCCAAGCUCCGUGGCAGAGUACCGGCAGCGAUCCAGCCCCUUCCUACCUGUCUGCCCUUCGCGCACAGCUACACGAGAUCACCAAAAAGGAGACCAUGAACGUAGUCAUUGGCAGUAACACCAUGAUAUCAGAGCUGCUCCAUUUCACAGGCCUUCUCAUAUACGAGUCCGCGAUCAGCAAGCCACAUUUACCAUGGAAUGAACCUGACUAUGAACGAUUUGAGAUCUACCAAGGAUGCCUGAACUCGAUUAGAGCAUGGCUUGACACGUUCUUCUCAACGCCGAUCAACUUGUACCGAAUCUACAGGAUCACCACACUUGAGGAUCCCGUAUGGGAUCGAGAUGCUGUACGCAAGGCUGUCGACCUCAUACCAACGUGCGACAAGAUCAUCGGGAUUUUCGAGUACCUGAAGACAGCUCCUGCGCUGAUCUCAUCGGGCUGUGGUGAUGACGAGGCUUACACCUGGGGCACGGAAGUGCUCCAGAAGAUGAGAAGGACAUGGCAAGCGGAUAUUUCGAAGCUUGACGCUGCAAGCAGGACAAGUCAGAACAUGACCGUAGUUGAUGGUACCCAAGCCAUGAACUUCUGGGGCGAUCCCUGGUGGCUGGAUGGGAUGAGUACAUCGUGGGAUUGA